GGUUUUUGUUAUCUGAUCAUUUUCAUGGCUUCUUCAAUGCUUAACGGAGCUGAAAAUCUCACACUCACUAGAAGAAUACCCCCAAAUGGGUUAGGCUUUGUUGGGUCAGAUUUGCACGGGAAGCAUUUUCCCAAGAUUGGUGUGGUAAACUUUGGUACAAAUUUUUGGGCUAGAACUAAAACCCUAGCACCACUCAAGUGCAGUCUUUCGGGAUCUAGGCCGGCUUCACAGCCUAGGUUUAUACAGCACAAGAAAGAGGCAUUUUGGUUCUAUAGGUUUUUAUCGAUUGUGUAUGACCAUGUCAUAAACCCUGGGCAUUGGACUGAGGAUAUGAGAGAUGAGGCACUCGAGCCCGCGGACCUAAGCGAUCGGAACAUGAUUGUGGUGGAUGUCGGCGGAGGAACAGGGUUCACUACAUUGGGUAUUGUUAAACAUGUGGAUGCCAAAAAUGUAACCAUUUUGGAUCAAUCGCCUCACCAGCUUGCCAAGGCAAAGCAGAAGGAGCCCUUGAAGGAAUGCAAGAUUAUUGAGGGUGAUGCAGAGGAUCUCCCAUUCCGUACUGAUUAUGCGGAUAGAUAUGUAUCUGCUGGGAGGUAUAUAUUGCUGUGCUUAAUCUUCAUUUGAUUUUUUUGCUGCCCUUUAUUUCGAUCACAUCGCAUACAGUGUUGAGUUGGCAUCUUGAUUCUGGUUAUGCAGGACUUUUUUGGCAUUUGAAUGUGAAUCUAUUGCCAUUCUUGAGCUAGAUUUAAAUUAUAUUGAUUUGUUUGAGAAAUAUUGUAAUGUGUAGUUUGUGGGAGAUUUCAUUGAAUCUGUUUGGAAUUAUAUCUGAACUAGUUGUAAAUUACACACAUGUUCUAGUUUUGCAUGGCACAUUUUGUGCAUGUAGAAAAGUAGAUAAAUAAACAACAUAGAAGCAGAAGAAACUAUGUGAAAUCAA